GGGAAGGGAUUCCAGGCUGUGGAUUACAUUCCUUGUCUUGAUAACGUGAAGGCGAUCAAGGAGUUGAAGUCGAGGAAGCGGAUGGAGCAUCGGCUACGGUAUUGCCCUAAACCGGCGCCGAGAUGCCUGGUUCCGCUGCCGGUGGGAUACAAGACGCCUGUUCCGUGGCCUCGGAGCAGAGACAUGGUGAGAUUAAUGUUUCGAUAUGGUAUAAUAAUGUCCCUCACCCUAAACUCAUUGAAUAUAAGAAGGAUCAAAAUUGGGUACGCAAAUCUGGUGAUUACCUUGUGUUUCCUGGAGGUGGAACUCAAUUCAAAGAAGGAGUAACAAGUUAUAUUCAGUUCAUUGAGAAGAUUCUACCAUCUAUUGAGUGGGGUAAACAUACGAGAGUCGUUUUGGAUGUUGGUUGUGGUGUUGCAAGCUUUGGUGGCUACUUGCUAGAUAAAAGUGUCCUCACCAUGUCAUUUGCCCCAAAGGAUGAGCAUGAGGCUCAGAUACAAUUUGCCCUUGAGCGGGGAAUCCCAGCUUUUCUUGCUGUUAUUGGAACCCAAAAGCUUACUUUUCCCGAUAAUGUAUUUGAUAUGAUUCACUGCGCACGAUGUAGAGUCCACUGGGAUGCUGAUGGUGGAAUGCCAUUGUUGGAACUCAAUAGGAUACUUAGGCCUGGUGGAUUCUUCAUAUGGUCAGCAACACCAGUUUAUCGUAGUGAUUCUAGGGACCAAAAUGUCUGGAAUGCUAUGGUAGCUCUGACCGAGGCUUUCUGUUGGAAGGUAGUGGCUAAAGAAACUGAUGCGGCUGGAAUUGGGGUUGUGAUAUAUCAGAAGCCUGUCUCUAACUCUUGCUAUGAGGGGAGAAAAGCAGAUAAUCCGCCUAUAUGUCUUCAAAAUAGAAGCCAUGAGAUCUCAUGGUAUUCCCCACUAGGCUAUUGUCUCCCCAGAAUCCCAGUACCUCAAUCGGGUCAAGAAUCAAAUUGGCCCAUCUCCUGGCCUGAAAGACUUACAAAUAGACCUCCAAGUUCGCAAGAUGGUUCUAAUAGCAUAUCUUCAGAAAAUUUUCUUAAUGACAUGACUCAAUGGGAUAUGCUUGUGUCCAAGAUUUACUUGCAUGAUCUUGGAAUUGAUUGGUUGAAAGUUCGAAAUGUUAUGGACAUGAAUGCUGGUUUUGGAGGAUUCGCGGCUGCACUUAUCAACCAGCCUCUUUGGGUGAUGAAUGUAGUGCCUAUCCAUGGGCCGGAUACUUUACCCAUCAUCUUUGAUCGAGGAUUGAUAGGAGUUUAUCACGACUGGUGUGAAGCAUUUAACACUUAUCCUCGAACAUAUGAUCUCCUGCAUUCCAGUUUUCUCUUUGGAGGUCUAGCACAAAGGUGUGACCUUGUGGAAGUAGCAAUGGAAAUGGACCGAAUAUUGAGACCCGGUGGGUGGGUUCUGGUCCAAGACACCAUUGAAAUGCUCCAGAAGAUACAACCCAUACUUAUUUCGCUUCACUGGGAGACUACUCUUCACAACCAGAAGUUUCUUGUUUGUAAGAAAGGCUUAUGGCGCCCUGCCAAUUAAAGCUAUGCCAUCGGCGUUCAAGUAAACUGUUCUGCAACGUCGAACAUGAUCCUUGAACAUGUUUGUAUUAUUUUGUUAUCAGAUUGAAUUUUGAAGUGGAAUCAGUUCUUACUAUCAUCUACCAUGUUUUCAACUAUGUUGUGGCAGAUCAGCAGCAUCUCUCAAAGAGAAAGAGAGUGAAAACAAGGAUAUAUAAUCGAAUCUUGUCGUACUUAAUUCACUCGAGAAGGCGACUAUUGAUAUGUUUCUUGUCUACUCAAUUCAAUUCAAGUCAUCAGUUCGGUUUGUUCUCGGCCUCGUUGGGUUUGCGAUCGAAAUCAUAAAUGAUUCAAAUCAAAUGCAAGUUGAAAGGUAGAUACACAUUUGCUUCUGAAUUUUUUACUGCAAAUAGUGAGGAUUAUCAGUAAAAGUUACAGUUCUAGUUGUCGAAAUUACCGAUAAUAUAUUUGUUCUCUUCCAAAUAAAUGCUUUACAAGUGAAAUGCAUCUGUUUUUCAAAUUUGAUUUCAUUUACA